GAAAAAACCAAAACACCAAAAACGAACACAUCCCCUCAGUGCCUCCCUUUGCUUCUUGUUUUCUAAUGGGCCAUCGCCUAAAGAUACCAAAAGUUACGUUUUGAUCCAAACAAGGAACAAACCCCUCUCUCUUUCUCUCUCUUAGUUUUUCAGAACCGCUUCCCUCUCUCUCUCUCUACCCUCACAACAACACACUCACUCUCUCACUCUCUCUGGUGUCCGUACCCUCUGUGUUUGCCACGGAUGACCACGACCCUCUGAUGAAAUCACAGCGCAACCAAACUCCAAACAACACAAAACCAAACUCAAUGUCAAAUACUCUUCACACACCAACAGCUUAUUAUUAGAUCUUCUCUUAGAUCUUCUACCCCCAUCAAGCUCCAUGCUUUUUCCCCCCUUCUCUUGCAUGCACCAUUACAAAUUCCCCAUUUUUAAUGCCUUUUCUCCGAGCUUUCGCUUUUAGGCUUUGUGGGGUUUACCUCUUAUGCGCAAAAGUGAAAACUUUGAGCCCUUUCUGAACUUGGGUAGCUCUGCAAUGGCGCGUUGAGAUUGUUUUUUUUUUUUAUUAUUAUUCAAAAGGGGUUUAAGUUUUAAGGGUUUUUUCUUUGGGUGUGAAAUGGGUAGUUCCGGAGAGUCGAAUAUCAACGGAAUCGAUGCGUCGGUGGGUGGGUUGGUAUGGGUCCGACGGCGAAACGGGUCGUGGUGGCCGGGUCGGAUAAUGGGUCUCGAUGAAUUGUCUGAGAGUUGUUUGGUUUCACCGAGAUCGGGUACUCCUGUCAAGCUAUUAGGUCGUGAGGAUGCAAGCGUGGAUUGGUAUAAUCUUGAAAAGUCGAAGCGGGUAAAAGCUUUUCGCUGUGGAGAGUAUGAUGAAUGUAUUGAGAAGGCAAAGGCAUCUGCUGCUAAUUCAAACAAGAAGGCAGUGAAGUAUGCUCGCAGGGAGGAUGCUAUUCUUCAUGCUCUUGAGUUAGAGAGCGCUCACCUGGACAAGGAACCGUUAAACUUAUGCUCCAGAUUAGAUAAACCUGGGAGUGAACAUGGAGGAUCAGCUGGAGAAUUACCAAUCAUAUCUAAUUCUAGUGAUGACAAUGACGAUAUGACCAAUGAUCUGAGUGACUCUGAAGACAAUUCUAAUUCAGCUCCAGAGUUGUCACAAUCUGGUAUAUCUUUUGAAGAGCCUAAUCAUAAUGGUUCUUUAAAGGUGCAAUCUGUGCAGGGAAGAAGGAGAAGAACACCCAAUGAUUCAGAAGAUGACGGAACUGAAGGAGUCAAGCGAAUGAGAGGACUUGAGGACCUGGGCAUUGGUAUAGUGUCAAAGAGAAAGGUCCAUGGUAUGGGUACAACUGAGAUAGUUCAGCAAGCUAGUGCUUCACUCAACAAUUCAACUGCAGGGAACUGCCUGGCUAAUGGAACCUCUGUAAAUGGUGGCAAAGGUUAUUCCUCAACACUGAAAAGGAAGAGAUCACAAGUGGGAAAUGCUCAUGAACUCUUGAAAAGGAAAAAUCGACGCCGGCCUUUAACAAAGGUUUUGGAGAGUACAGCCAUGGUGUCUGUUCCUGUCAUUUGUGAUCAGCUUCCCAGUUCAAGCAGUUCUCCACUAUGUGGGGUAACUGAUGGAAGGAUUUCAGGAUUAGAUUCUAAUGAUGGAAAGAAAAGUUUUCCAAUGGCAACGCACAAUUCAGAUAAUGCUGAGGCUGCUUGUAAGAAUGGGACUUCAUUAACUGUUCACGACCAUGGUAAUGAUGCUUCCCAAAUCAAUCACAGGGUCAAGGAGAGUGAGACUUCUGGCAUACCAGGGCUAGUUGGCAAUGAUUCUUCUGAUAAAUUAUUUGAUGUGCCAUUUGUUGGGGUUCUAGGGGAGGAGAAACAUACACCAGGAUUGGCGUCCAUACUGGUUUCUUGUUCAGCUGGCAAGCCUCAAGUUAGUGCAUUGGGACAACAGUCUUGUAAUGCUAGUGAAUCUGAAGCUCCGUCAUUGAAUGAGGUAAAGAAUGAGCCUGGUUGUACCAGUUCAGCUGCUGGUCACAAUAUUGUUGGCCAUAGAGCAGACAAAGGUAGUUCCAAGUGGCAGUCAAAAGGAAAAAGGAAUUCAAGACACACCGGUAAAAAUAGAAAACAAGUCUCGAGAAAAUAUGUGGAUAUGGACCAUCGAUCCAGUGCAUAUUUGCCAGGAAUUGGGAACUCGGAUGGAUUCUCUCAGGGUGUCGGUCAGAAAAAUGAUUGGAAUGGCUUGGGUUCACCGAAUGCUUCGUUCAAUUGUACUUCUCAGGUUAAGAGCAAACAUGUUGCUGAGGGCCCACUGGAUGGGUUUCGGGACUUGAACAAGCAUAUCAGGGGGUCAACAGCAGAGGCAAAGCUAUCACCUGAUGGAUCUCUCACACCUCAAAGAUUGCUUCCUUAUCGCCAUUCGCGGUUCACUGUUAACUCCAGAUAUCAAACAGCAGAUUUCCCUGGAAGAAAUUAUUGUUCCGAUGCUUCCUUAUAUGAUGUCAAGGUAGAAGUGAAAUCCAGCUACCGGCCUCAACAUGUCCCUUUGGUUUCUCUUGUGAGUAAACUGGAUGGCAAAGCCUUUAUUGGACACCCUUUGACAAUUGACGUUUUGGAGGAAGGUCAUUGUGAUAACAUGUUGAGUGGCAUUGGAUGUGACAUGGAAGCUGGUGACAUCUAUCGUGUGGCCAAGCCAAACUCGGUAACUGGAAGAAUACAUUCCAAAAAUUCAUCACGUUUUUCAUCAGGUAAAUCUUCCAAGAUGAAAAAAUCUGGGCUGUUGAAUAAAAAGAUUCGGAAGUUAUCCUCUUUGACUGGUCACAGGCAGUCAGAAGAGGAGAGAAAACCAGUGGUAGAUAAGCUCAAAGGUCCUGUUAUAGCUUGUAUUCCCCUUAAAGUAGUAUUCAGUAGGAUAAAUGAAGCAGUGAGUGGUCAGGCGCGGUCGACACACCGUGCAUUGCCAACAUCCAACCCAUGACUUGUGUUGUUGGAAAGGAGUUCCAAUGAAUGGAUGAUGCGGAGAAUUGCUUCUUUGGUAAUUUGAGAGAUUUUGGUAUAGUUAUGCAGACCAUAAUAUUAUCUACUUAUUUUUAACUAUAUGCACAGUUUGCAAGCCCCCCAUAUUCUGCCAUGAAGGUUGAAUCUUCUGUACAAUUUCAAGACAUUUUCAUGUAGAACUAGUAGGAGUUAAAUCAUAUGAGGCUUCUCUUGGCUCUGUAAAUAAUGUAACAUUGGAUGAGGUGUAAAGAUGGAUGGUCUAGUAUUAGGUAUUUGACCUGAUAUUAGGUUCUUUAAAAGUAAUGAAUUAGGAUGUUUCCGAGGUUCAAUAACUACAUAUUGUACUCCAUAAUUUAUUUCAAAGUCACCUCUAUGAAUCCUAGAAGGCUAAAACAAAAGUAUAUUGCAAUUGUGAGAACAUUUGGAUCAAUCACCAUUUCAUUUUUGUUGUGUUUGUAUGGAACCUUGUUUUGCAAUCAAUAUAUAUGCCAGUUGCCAAGAUUAUUAG